UGAAACAUUAGUUUUUAAACAAGUCUUACACGUACGAAAUACACAAUGAAGAACUAAACUUAAUACAAGUUUAAUAUUUUUUUUUUCUGUAUAAGAUUAAUUAGGUUUUAUAGCAACAUACAUUUAUGACAAAAGAUAAAAGAGUCUUAAUGCCUGAGUAUAAUUCUUAUCUAAAUUAGAUUAUUGUGAUCUGUGAGUUACUUUCUUAUCAUUGUUUAUGAAUCACAAUAACUUAUUAGAUUUUUGUAAUCCUUAAAAUUAUGAAUCAAUACGAAACUGAACGGCGUCUCUGCUGGUGUUAUGGACUGUUAGCAGUCUUACUCGGAGUAUCGGUAAUAUGUAUCGCCAUACCAUAUAACCAUUGGAGAGCUACUCUCGAUGUAUGUCCCAGCAGUUGGCUUGAAAACGCUAACUGUGGUUGUAUAUUGUUCGGUCUUAGCACAUUUCAAUACUUCAAUGGUGGGCACAACGCAUAUUGCCUUUACACUAUCUUUGCGCCUAUACCAUUAUUAGGGUAUGCCGUCGUCAUGGCAUUAUUCCACAUGUACAGAGUUUGUAUAAACAAUAUCGGGCAAUAUGAAAGUGAUAAAUCAACAGAAGUGGAAGAAAUUGAAGGAGAAAGAAUUAUAGUGACUACACGAGCUAGGAUGACACAGAAGAAUGAUUCUGUUAUAUAUUGCUGGAUCCCUACUUCCAGUGUGGCUGCAGCGUUAGGUGUCUAUAAUCUUGUACAUGCAGCCAUUAUGACAAGCGGCUUUUUGAAAACCUGCCACCAAUACAGGGGAUACCUAGUUCGGGAACUCAAGGCAACUGGUGAUCAUGCAACCGCUAUACAUUUCCGACUCGGUUGUCAAGCUAUCUUUGAUUUCAUGGACUAUAUCCUGAAAGAUGCUCCCAACAGUCGUCGAGGAGACUUCAUCAAUACCGGUAUUUCUUUACAAAUUGCUCUGAUUACCACAUGGCUAGCAGUAGUUAUAUGGUUCGUAGUCGCAGCAUACACAGCUUUAAGAGCCUAUAAAGAGAGACAUGUUCUAACAUGUUGUGGAAAAUAGUCUUUUUUUCCUUAUAAUUAACUCUACCCCGUCAAUUAUUUUCGUAGUAUAAUAAGUUUAGAUAUUUCAUAUUCAUAUACAUAAUGCUAGUGGUGCGUCGGAUAUCAAUAUUCUUUGAUAUAUAUAUAAUUAAAAUAAUAAUUUGUUUCUAUAUCUGUUUUAGAUCUUUUACUUAUUGAUUCCCAUAUAAACAUUUAUAAUGUAAUAUUAAUAUUACUAAUCAAAUAAUGACAAAUCAAAUCCUGUAAAUUGUCAGCGACUAUUGCUUUGUUACUGAUUGAGAAAAAAUCUAUAAUUCAUAGCAUACAUCUCUUUAACAAUUCAACACAUCACUAAUACCUUUAUACAUAGUUUAAGCCCACCGUUCAACAUAAGUACAUAGAUUUUUAUAAAUAUAUUAGUGGCUAUAUAUGUCCGUCUGCUAUUUUUUCGUUACAGAACCAUUGUGAUGGUUAUUGUGAAGUUAUGUUUAACACGAAUAAUAGACGGGCAAAGCCAGUAAUCAAUAUAUUUUUGUUUUAAUGAAAUAAUUUACGCAUAAAUAUAAGGUAUAAUCUAUUUAUUGUUAUAUUUGAAUUAAAUGUUAUCUGUGCUUUUUGUAUUUCAUAUUAACAAACAUAGAAUAUAUGAGAUUGACAUUUAAUAUGUAAUAAUGCCAGCUUUAAGUAAAACAAAUGUGUUCAUGUUUGCAAUGUUAGUAAAUCGAGUAAUUUUAUUUUUUUAUUAUUUGUAUAUUCUUGUGUAAGAAACUGUUGAUAUGUACAACGUUAUUGUGCCACAUCUUGUGACCCUUUUUUAAGACGUUUUUACUUGUCUAUGUUGUGUAAUUGUGCCGUCCAUUUUAUAUUAAAUAUAUUUCAUAAUUAAUACAA